GCAGAGGGCGGUCUUUGAUGGAGCGCGCCGGGCGCCGCGCGCUCCGGUCGUCCCUCCCCUCGCGGAGCCGGCUGGGGCUGUUUGACGUGGCAGCCAUCCCGGACGUGACACAAAGCGGCUCAUCGGCACCAUCAUCCCCGAGUCCCGGCCGCGGUUCUGCAUCCUCGUGUCCGUCCUGCUGGACCCGAAGAGACGCCGGUGUUCGUGGCGCGCGAUCGGAGUCGCACGGCGGACGUUCACGCGGACCCGGGAGCGACCAUGUGGCUCCUGCUGCUGCUGUGCGGAGUCUUGCACUCGGUCUCGGGCUACGAGCUUGACCCCAAGAAGCUGGAGGCUCUGGCCAAAGCCAAGGUGGAGAGCUGCGGGGGGUGACAGCUCAACCGGCUGAGGGAGGUCAAGGCCUUUGUGACCCAAGACAUCCCUCUGUACCACAACCUGGUGAUGAAGCACAUUCCAGGGGCUGACCCCGAACUCGUCCUCCUCAGUCACUACUACGAAGAGCUGGAUCGCAUCCCCCUGUCAGACAUGAGUCGCGCUGAGAUCAACGAGCUGCUGAAGUCGCUUGGUUUCUACAAGAAGGCCAACCAGGACGACCCAGUUCCUGAGGAGUUCCAGUUCUCGCCAGCUAAAGACAGCCCCUGGGAAGAAAAGCGGGAGCCCCAGACCCAGUCUUCUCCCAGUCCAACUCCAGAGACACCACCCACUUCUGACACACUGGAGUCGGAGCACACAGACCUCUAACUCAGAGCCAUAAUGAGAGGUCUGCAAGCCAGCAACCCUCCUGUUUUAUUUCGUGUUCAAAUUUAAUUAAUUAUCUGAAAAAUGGUCUCUCUGCAUUUGUUGCUCUUGUGCUUCUGCUGCCCUCUACCUGCCAAGUAACCAAAUGACGCCCUGAGCUGCAAAUCAACUGAUUGGCCAGGGACCGAUAAUGCAUGUUUUGGUAGGUGGGGCCAGAUUCACCUGAGUGAUACACGCAGAGAAAGUCUCUCAAAUAAAAUCACCUACCUACCACAGAUUUUUUGUAUGCGUCUUGCACAAGCAUUUCACACAUUGGCUUAAAUAUUUCAGACCGUACUCAGAGUUGUUGUUAGUCCAAUAAGGCUGAGGGAUUACAAAAAAAUUUAACUGCACUGAAGAACCAUGUAACCAAGAUCCAAGCAUCAGCUUUUUUUCUUAAAAUAACUUUAAUUGUUAAGUCACAUAAAUGUGGUGACUGUCUUUAUAUUGUAGAAAUGUGUUGAAGCUGGUAUGUACAGGUCACACUAGUUGACAGAAGCCCUUUGGCUGCCACAUCCUCAGGUACAGACCGACUGACUGCACCCCUAUCUGGAAAUGAUUCACAGCUGUGAAGAGGCCCAGGGAAUUCUUCCUGAGCUGUCCUCUUAGGCCAUAAUUGGCAACACUCCUCUGUUAUUAUUUCACUUUAAAUGCCACAUACAAAAAAGACUGAUAGAGGUGCCAAGGAAAAUCAGAGCAGAAAACAUGGAAUAUGCCUUUCUUUACCCCUCUACAGCCUUAUCCACAAGGUGGGUCCUUUGUUUGCUGCGCAACAGCAGCAUCCAAUCCAAAACGGAAAGUAUUU